GGCUUCAAGUCUUUGUUGAAAUCUUAAUUAAUUCCCAACUUUGCUAUGUACUCCGACCGCUGUGAUUCUUGACUUCAUGUGGCUGAAAAACUGUCGAAUGGGAGAGAGUUUCUUGUGAUAAGGACAGUGGGGAAGACUCGAAAGAGUUUCUUCAAUUUUUGGCUGUUUUAUACCACUUGUCAUAUCCAGCUAUUAAAACCCAUACUCUCAAGCCUGCAUUGAGCAGGUAAAAAAGUGGGUAUUGUUCUCUCUCUCUCUCUCUCUCUCUCUCUCUCUCUCUCGGUGGACUAUGGAUGGCAUUCUUAGCUUUCUCUUCCUGUUUUGUCACCUCCUGUUGCUUCCAUUUCCUGCUUCUUCACUACCCAUGUGUACUGAUUUGAGGGCACCUGCCAUACAAAAGACCCCUCUGGCCUUCUGUCCAUACAAUGGGAAAGUCUGCUGUGAUUCAGCUAAAGAUUUGGAACUGCGAAAGAAUUUUCUGGCAAUGAAUAUAUCUGAUUCCGGCUGUGCUACUCUUGUGAAAUCAAUUCUUUGCGCAACUUGUGAUCAAUAUGCAGCAGACUUAUUCGGCAUCAAAUCAGGUCCUCAACCAGUUCCCAUCCUCUGCAACUCCUCCCUUCCAACCACAACCAGCUUCUGCUCAACCGUAUGGACUGCUUGUCAAAACACCUCCAUCAUAAACUCCCCUUUCGCCCCCUCAUUGCAAGGCAGUGCCGGGGGCGUCCCACAAAACUCCACCUCCACCAAACUGACCGACCUCUGGCAAUCCCAAACCGACUUCUGCCAAGUUUUUGGCGGCGCCCCUGACAACAACUCCCUUUGUUUCAACGGCCAACCGGUUUCUCUUAAUGACUCCGGAACCUUGGUACCACCACACGGCAUGUGCCUCGAGAAACUCGACGGCGGGCAGUACAUUAACUUGGCCCCGCACCCGGAUGGGUCCCAGCGCGUUUUCUUGUCGAGCCAAGCUGGUAAAAUAUGGCUGGCUACGGUACCAGAGCAGGGCUCGGGGGAGAGCUUGGGAUUGGACGAGUCGAACCCGUUUGUGGAUUUAAGUGAUCAAGUUCACCUAGACACGAGCUUUGGGAUGCUGGGAAUGGCGUUUCACCCAGAUUUCGGGAGUAACGGGAGGUUCUUUGCUUCCUUUAACUGCGAUAAGGUUACGUCGCCUGCGUGUUCGGGAAGGUGUUCGUGUAAUUCGGACGUGAAUUGUGAUCCGGCAAAGCUGAGUACGUCGAAUGGAGCGCAACCGUGCCGGUAUCAGAGUGUUAUUGGGGAGUUUUCUGCCAAUGGAACUGCAUCAGAUCCUUCAAUGGCAAAAAAUGCUAAACCAUUGGAGGUGAGAAGGAUAUUCACAAUGGGGCUUCCGUCUACGGCUGAUCAUGGCGGCCAGAUUCUUUUCGGACCACAAGAUGGGUAUUUGUACUUGAUGAUGGGGGAUGGCGGAAUCAAAGGUGAUCCUUAUAGUUUUGCCCAAAGCAAGAAAUCUCUGCUUGGAAAAAUUUUGAGGCUUGAUGUAGAUAACAUACCAAGUCCAGAAGAAAUAAGUGAUCUUGGUCUAUGGGGGAACUACUCCAUCCCCGCGGAUAAUCCUUAUGCCAAAGACAACGACUCGGAGCCUGAAAUUUGGGCUUUGGGACUCAGAAAUCCUUGGCGCUGUAGCUUUGAUUUAGAAAGGCCUUCCUACUUCCUCUGUGCAGACGUUGGCCUGGAUAGAUAUGAGGAGGUGGAUCUCAUCACCAAGGGCGGGAACUACGGAUGGAGUUUGUACGAAGGACCUCUUCCCUUCAACGCAAAUACUUCUGCUGCUAACGCAACGGAUCUCAUCUUUCCUGUUCUGGGAUACACUCACUCUGACGUUAACAAGAACUUAGGUUCUGCAGCAAUAUCGGGUGGAUAUUUCUAUCGCUCCACGACUGAUCCAUGCUUGUAUGGAAGUUACUUGUAUGGAGAUUUAUAUUCAAGUGCAAUAUGGGCAGCUGCAGAAACCCCAAUAACAAGUGGGAAUUUUACGACGACUUCCAUUCCUUUCAGUUGCGCUACCGACUCUCCUAUGGCCUGUAAUUCCGUGCCAAAUAGUCGUUUAGCUGCUCUAGAAUACAUGUUCUCAUUCGGAGAGGAUAACAGGAAAGACGUUUUCAUUCUAGCAAGCAGCGGCGUGUACAGAAUAGUAAGUCCAAGCCGCUGCAAUUUCACUUGCGCGAAGGAAACAAAUGUGACGACGGUUAGCAGGCCCCCGGUUCCUUCUCCUACCUCACAAAGCAAAAAAUCGAUUGAGCCACACAAGGAGCUGGUGCUCUUCCUUCUGUCAUUGCUGCUUUUGGGAGGCGCCAUGUUGUAACUACGAAUUUGAAAAGGUAAUGGAUUCGGAUUUUUAGGCUCUGUUUGGAUCGAUGAUUUGGGUAAGAAAAAAAGAAAUGAAAAGGUUGAAGGAUCUAAUGGCUGACUAAUUGGAUCGUACAACUUUAGUCUUUCUUUUUCCUUUUCCAUACCCAAAACAAUCAUAGGCGAAUCUAAUGUCUGAUGGGUUUGAUUCGGUACUAAUUUGUUGCGGCUUUUCUUUGUUUUUUGUUUUGUUUUGUUGUAUGUUCUUUGUUAUUGUAGUUGUAAUCUUUUUGUUUGAAAUAUAAAUGGGAUGAUCUUUCGCUAAAAAAAACAAAAACAAAAAACAAGUAGCAAGGGCCCAUUGCCCCCAAUAUUUUGUAUAAGCCCUAUAAGACCCUUGCAUGAAUAUUUAUCUUUUGUUCCAUUUA